AUGACUGGAACUCGAUUUUCGUACUACCUGGUGCUACCCGUGGCAGCAGUUAUAGGGACGAUAGGAUAUUUUGCGGAGAAAGAAUUGAUGCCGAAGUCAAAGCCGAUACCAUAUCUAAAUUCAUCAGUCCAAGAGCAACGUGAAUAUCGGCAAUCGAUGGGUGAUUCUAAUGCUAAACAAGUAUCCAAUCUCUUACCGAAUAGUCUAAAUGUACUGGAACCACGUCAUGUCGAAGAAUAG